AUUUGGCGGCGCAGGGAUUUGGCUUCACAGCACGUCAACGUACACACAGUGCGACAGGUCGCUAUGGCUGUAACAGACGCCCUUCUGAGCAGCGGUGGAAACACCGUUGUAACCCUAACGUGUUGUUGUGCUGUGGUUGUGUUGGUUGUAACGCUACUGAAGGCCACGGUGGAUCUGUGGCGCACCGUGAGGUGUAACCGGAAGAUGGCGGUGGAUUUUCCCGUACCUCCCGGGGGUCACUGGCUGCUCGGUCAUUUGGUCAUGCUCGGUCCGGAGGGAGGAGAACUGAUGUUGAAAGGUCCCGGAUGGGCGGAGGACUACAAGUACGCUCACCUGAUGCAUUCAGGUCCCCUUCUUACUCACUGCAGUGUGUACCAUCCCGACUACGUCAAGACUGUAAUGGCACGGGCAGAUAAAAAGGACGCGUACGCAUAUGAUUUCCUGCGACCAUGGUUAGGGGACGGUCUUCUGACCAGCGCCGGGCCCAAGUGGUUCCGGAACCGCCGCCUCCUCACACCGGGGUUCCACUUCGAGAUCCUCAAGCCGUACGUUAGGCUCUUCUCAGAGAGCACAAACGCUAUGCUGACAAACUGGGAAGAGCUGAAGUCUGGAUCGUCCAUUGACGUAUUUCAUCACACGAGUCUGAUGACUCUGGACAGUAUGUUAAAGUGUGCGCUCAGUCAGCACACCGACUGUCAGACAAGGAAGACCAACGACUACAUCGCUGCCGUGCACGACCUGACAGACCUGACCAUGAAGAGGGGCAGGACCAUUUAUCACAGGGUCGAUCUGAUCUACGCUCUGUCUUCGGACGGGAGGAAGUACUACAAAGCCUGUAAACUUGUGCACGAGUUCGCAGAGAGAAUCAUCGCUGAGAGGAGGGAGACUCUGAAUCAGGGCAACGAGGGAAGAGCUAACCGGAAGAAAUACCUCGACUUCCUGGACAUUCUUUUAGAAGCAAAGGAUGAAGAUGGAAACGGCCUGACUGAUGCUGAGAUCCGUGACGAGGUGGACACCUUCAUGUUCGAGGGACACGACACCACAGCCAGCGGGCUGGCCUGGACCUUGUACUGUCUGGCUCGUCAUCCGGGACAUCAGGAUAAGUGCAGGAGGGAGGCACAGGAAGUACUGCAGGGGGGAACGGAAGUGACGUGGGAUCUUCUGCCCUCCCUGAGGUACAUCACCAUGUGUGUGAAGGAGGCUAUGCGGAUGUUCUCUCCUGUACCCAUGAUAUUCCGACAACUAGAGAGCCCCCUAACGUUCCCAGAUGGAAGGACACUCCCAGAAGGAGCAAGAGUCGUCAUAGGAAUCAAUACUCUACAUCACAAUUCGCAUGUCUGGGAAAACCAUAUGGAGUACGACCCACUCCGAUUCUCACCCGAGAACUCCAAGGACCGCCACCCAUAUGCAUUUAUCCCCUUCGCUGCCGGACCGAGGAACUGUAUCGGACAGCACUUCGCCAUGAACGAGUUGAAGACAGCUGUUGCGCUCAUCCUACAGCGGUUCAGUCUGACUCCUGACGAUACCCUACCGGAGCCCAUUCCUGUUCCUAAACUGAUCAUGCGUGCUAAAAAGCCGGGCCUUUUUCUGAAGAUUAAACCUAUUACGGCAUAAGGUCAACCCGUCUCUCAUAAUGACGUAUAGUAUUGAACAAGCUACACCCAACAUACAUGCAUGCUAUUUUGCCACAUGCUUUCCAGAAGAUGAUCACGAUGGUUUUAUUACGUUGAAUUAAUGUAGGGGAAUCCAAAAGAAAUAAAACUUUCUUGUUUUUUUAAAAUCUUGAGAACAUUUCUAUUGUUGAAUUUGCAUACUUUAGUCUUUAGAUAUAGUCAGUGAAACGUACUUUUGCCCAAAUAUGACCUUUGAUGCUUGUUGUUAUUCUGUGUUUGAUAUUUUACUACUACGCUGGUAGUUGUCAUACUGGUGAAAAGGUCGAGUAUUUUCCUAAAUUUGUGUAACAGUUACUUGUCUGCACAUUUGGGUUACGCCGAAAACGUCUCAUAGAUAUUUUCCGACACAAUACUAAUACUAAUACUAAUACUAAUACUCAGUCUUCUGGUAGCACACCGUCGACUAUUUUUAAAAAAUUUACAGUAGAUAAGAUAAGUACAGGAACUGUCCUUGCCUCAUGUAAAUAAGAAGGAAAACUUCAAAUCAUAACCGCGUCAUUAUUGUAGGUACGUAAUAAAGCCCUAGUGUCUCAUUACGUGUUGCACCACGUACUGUAAAAAAAAUUACCACAUAAUUUCCGAUUGAAAAAUAAAU